AUGGAGUCAAUUUAUCACAAUCCUUUAAUCCGUCGCCGUCGUAACUUCAAAUUCUCCCUAUCAGUCUCCGACGUUCUCCGCCAACGACAACAUUCCCUCCGCCACUCCCACAACCUCCGGCUCCUCCACCGCUCCGACGCCACCUUCUUCGUCCUCGAACCACCCACCGGAAACGUAUACACCGUCGUCCUCUCAACCGUCUCCGGCUGCACCUGCCCUGACCUCUACACGCCAUGCAAUCACAUCCUCUUCGUCAUCUUCGGAGUUCUCGGCGUCUCCCUCGCCGACGUCGGCCUCCACAUCGGCACUCUCCUCCCCUCCCGCGUUCGCUGUCUCGUGGACCUUCCCACGAUGCCGGGGACCGAGGCGGCCGCGGAACUCCGCCUGAGGUUUUACGAGCUGUUAGCAGCACUGAAGCUGAAACGUCAUCAGGAACGACGUCGUUCCAAUAAUAAUGUAAAGGUUGAGGAUGGAACUUCGUGUCCGAUUUGUUUGGAGGAGAUGAAGAAAGAAGACAAGUUUGUUGUGGCUUGUGGGACUUGCAGAAAUCCGAUUCAUGAAGAGUGCUUGGAGCAAUGGACUAGAUCAAGCAAUAAUAAUGGAAGUAUUAAUUCUUCAUCAUCGCCUAGUUGUGUUAUCUGCAGAGCUCCAUGGUGGAAUAUGAAUGAAGAUAAAGAUGAAGAUGUUGCACGUACGAUUCUUAAUCUGUAUGCGUAG